UUGACCAGGGCCCCAGAGAUCUGUGACAGAAAAAAAAAAAGAAAGGAAAAGGAGGAGGGGAGAGAAAUUUGCAGAGAUAGGUGGUUUCUGUUGUACAAGUCAAGAGAGAGUGUAAAAGUUUGAUUCUGGUAGAAGCAAUCUGACAGCAUAGUUCAACAUCGGCCCACAGGGAUGCCAGGAUAACAUCUCCUGAAAGAUGUCUCUAAAUUACAUCAAGAACUUCUGUGAAGGAUGUGUUAAACCUCCAACCGUGAUCGGCCAGUUCCACACACUCUUCUUCAGCUCAGUGCGGAUGUUCUUCCUUGGAGUGCUGGGCUUUGCUGUCUAUGGGAAUGAGGCUCUGCACUUCAGCUGUGACCCAGAUAAAAGAGAGAUAAACCUGUUCUGUUACAAUCAGUUCAGGCCAAUAACUCCCCAAGUGUUCUGGGCAUUACAGCUAGUGAUUGUCCUGCUUCCUGGGGCUAUUUUCCACCUUUAUGCUGCAUGCAAAAGCAUCAAUCAAGAAUGCAUUCUUCAAAAGCCCAUGUACACUGUGAUUUACAUCCUCUCCGUAUUGUUAAGAAUUAGCCUGGAGGUGUCUGCAUUUUGGCUUCAGAUUCACCUCUUUGGCUUCCAAGUGAAGCCUAUAUAUUUGUGUGAUGCUGAGUCUCUCGGUAAAAAAAUAAAUAUUCUAAAAUGCAUGGUUCCAGAACACUUUGAAAAGACUAUUUUUCUCAUUGCAAUGUACACAUUCACUGUGAUUACGAUGGUAUUAUGUGUUGCUGAGAUCUUUGAAAUCAUAUUUAGAAGAUCAUGUUUCCUCUUUAAACAAUGACUGGGUUGAUUGCCCAUUAUCAUGCCGUAGUUCCUAUAAAUCAUUUACAUUUAGUUUUACAAUUUUAGUACUUCAAUUCCAUAUGUUUUUUAAACUUUAGUGUGUCUGUAAUUUAUGUAUACUAGAAAAUAAGAUACAAAGUUCUAAACUAGGUGUUUUCCAACUAAUAUUUCCUCCUAUUGAAAUUUUAUGUUAUUAUGUACAUGUAAGCCUAAUGAUAGCUCAUUUUUUAAAAUAAUAAAUUUGUAGGCUUCUUUCAUAUACAAUACUUUGAGUGAUUACAUUAUUUUUGGCCAAAGAGACUUCUUAUGUAGGUUAAAGACUGGAAAAUUCAUGUUCAGAGAUGUCACACAACCAAACCAGAAUCCAGGUCUUUCUUGAUACAUUGAACCAUGUACCUUUAACUUUGAGGACAUAAGUAUCUCGCAUUUGUCUAAAAUGUACAUUUAAACACAAAAUAUAAAUGAAUUAAGAGUCAUAUAGUUUAAUCUCUAACUCAAAGAAGAUGAGCAAUUGAAUUUUUUAAAUAUUAAACCCAUAUUGUGUUGCUGAAAUCAAUAUUAAAUGAUUAUGGAGAUAGUUAAAAAAAUAAAUUAGAGUUGCUAUGAAAACACUGUGUAUGGUUUCCU